AUGGACCCGACGAACACUGGCGGUUUUGCAAGUCGACGACCAUCGGACUUUUCCUUCUUCUCCCAACCGCAAACUUCAAACCCAGAUCAGCGACAGCGACGUAACGGCGACGCCAUAUUCAGUGAUCCCACACGCGAUUUUCUCAUCGACUUCGGUUCUGAGGAAGGAUUCAUGCAAGCGGCAAAGAAGAAGAAGAAGGCGCCAGCCAAGGCGCCGGCGGCAAACAACAACAACGAUGACGAUGGCGCGAAGAAGGAAGACGAAGGCGCCGGUGAUGGAGGUGAUCAGGGCGGUGACGCAGGUAACGACGGCGGAGCUGCGGGCGACGGCGAUGGAGGCGACAAAGAGACACCACCAGCAGAUGAUCCGCCCCCAGAAGAUGACUGGGGCUUCGCAACCACGAAAUCCAAGAAGAAGGGCAAAAAGGCCGAUGAACCGGCACCUGAUUCAUUUGAUGAAAUCAAAUUGGACGACAUAGGCAGCGGCAACGGAUCGCUCGACAUCAAUUUCGGCUCAACGGAGACCAAGAAGUCAGGAGGAUUCGGUUGGGGACUGGGAGCGUCAAAUUGGACAACAACAGGCACGGGACUAGGGAACACAUGGGAUUGGUCUGGCGCUAACAAGAAUGCAGCCACAAGUACGCCGGCAGAGGCAAAGGAAGACGUUGAUUCAAAUCCAUGGGGCUCCAAAAGCAAAACGAAGAAGAAAAGCACGACGCUGGGGUUUUCAUUCGGCGACGACACACCAGCUGACCCGGAACCGGCACCCGAUCCGCCGCAGGAGAAAGAGGAGAAAGAUGACCCGUGGGGCUUCGGCACUGCGACUUCAAAGAAGGACAAGAAGAAGAAGAAAACCAGUAUCUGGGAUGCGGUGGAAGAGGAGAAGGCCCCUGAACCACCCAAGGAGGAGCCACCUGCAGACGACCCAUGGGGUUCGUGGGGCGGUACCACCAAGAAGGGGAAGAAGGACGACCCCCCCAAAGAGGAGCCGAAGGACGACCUGUGGGAUACCUGGGGACUUGGUAAGAAGAAAAAGAAUAAGGACGAGCCGGCGCCUGAACCAGUCCCUGAGCUGGCGCCUGACCCGCCAGCCUCUAACGAGGAUCCUUGGAGUUGGGGAACAUUAUCGGGGAAGAAGAAGAAGAAAGGUCUAGUCGACCUUGAACCUGAACCUCCCCCGGUGGCAGACCCAGAGCCGGAGCCCACCCCGCCGCCAGAGCCAGAGCCAGAGCCCGUUGAUCCUUUCGCAGGCUUGACCAAUUCACAGAAGAAGAAAAAGAAGAAGGAGAUGGCUGCCGCCGCCGCUGCUGCCGAGGCCGAAGCUGCUAAAGCCGCCGAGGCUGCUGCUGCUGCUGCCGAAGCAGAGGCUGCCGCCGCUGCCGAAGCGGAAGAGGCAGUCCGCAAGGAAGAGGAGGAACGAUUAGCAAAAGAGGCUGAAGAGCAAGCAGCCAAAGAAGCAGCAGAAGCCGAAGAGGCGGCAAAAGCAGCGGAAGCGGCGAAAGCAGCAGCAGCGGACGACUUUGGAUGGGGUGUAUCAACUAAAACCAGCAAGAAGAAGAAGAAAGGCAAAGCUGACCCAGAGCCCGAGCCGGUUCCUCCUCCACCCCCUCCAGCCCCUGAACCAGAGCCUGAGCCAGAGAAAAAGGACGACCCAUGGGGCUUCGGCACCGUGACAUCCAAAAAGGACAAGAAAAAGAAGAAGGGACUUCUUGCCGAACCUGAACCUCCCAAGGAACCGGAACCUGAACCCGAGCCGGAGCCAGUACCGGAGCCAGAGCCCGAACCGGAGAAGCCAGCAGAAGAUGACUUUUGGGCCAGUCUAACAGGAUCUAAAAAGGACAAAAAGAAGAAGAAGGGCAAGACUACCGAUCCCGAGCCGGAACCCAUUCCUGAACCUGCGCCCGAGCCCCCUGCUGCUGAUCCAGAGCCAGAACCUAUAGCGGACGACGACUGGGCAAGCUUCGGCCUUUCCAAGAAGGACAAGAAGAAGAAGAAAGGCAAAUUGGCGGAUCCCGAACCCGAACCCGAGAUUGAAGCGGAGCCUGAACCUGAAAAGAAGGAUGACGACGACUUCUGGGCCGCUGCUACUAGUUCGAAGAAGGACAAAAAGAAGAAGAAGGAGGCCGAAGCUGAAAAGUCCAAAGAUGACUCUUGGGGCAUUUGGGACAAGGAGAAGGAGAAGGAGAAGGACAAAGACAAGGAGAAGGAAAAGAAGAAGAAGAGCAAGGAGGCCGAUAAGGAGGCUGAGGAACCGAAGGCUGAAGUGGAUGAAUGGGCCGGUUUGAGCAAGUCGGACAAGAAGAAGAAGAAGAAAGAUGCCAUGGCCUUGGUUGAGUUUGGCGGAGAGGACGAGCCUACCCCUGCCGAGGAAGCCCCCCCUGCUGUGCCAGACAUUGCCGAUCCCCUGGAUGGCGGCGGCUUCUUCAGCUCAUGGAACAUCGGCGACAAGAAGAAGAAAGGAGCCGACGCCGACGAAGGCGCUUCUAUGAAGCCCGAUGCAAUCGAGGAGCCCACAGAUGACAUCUGGGGAACCUCGUCCUCCAAGAAGAAGAAGGACAAAUCCAAGAACGAGCCCAUUGAAGUCGUGGACGAGGAGCCCACCGUGGAUUCCGAGACCAAAGACGACGAUGACUGGGCCGCCUGGGGAUCCUCCAAGAAGAAGUCUAAGAACCCUCCCACCCCUCCCUCAUUGGACAUGGCUGAGCCUGUAGCAGAAGCAGAACCUGAGAAAGAGAAAUCCAGCUUUUGGGAUAAAGACAAGGAAAAGGAGAACGAGAAGGAGCUCAAGAAGCUCGAGAAAGAAAAGAAAAAGGCUGAAAAGGAGGAAGCAGCGCGGUUAGCCAAAGAGGAAGAGGAGGCUGCCACUGCUGCUGCUGAUGCCGCAGCUAAGGAAGAGGAAGAACGCCUUGCGCAAGAAGCAGAGGAGGCCGCGGCAGCGGAGGCGGCUGAGGCGGCCGAGAAGGCACGAUUCGAAGAAGAGGAGGCUGCAAAGAUUGCGGAUGAGGAGGAGCAAUUCGCUGCCUUGGAGGCCAAGAAGGCCAAAAAGGGCAAGUUGACCAAGAAGGACCAGGGUGCAUCAAUCGACGAGCGCGCUGCUGCAUCCCAAGCUGCUGCGGAUGCCGAAGCGGCCGCCGCUGCUGAAGCUGAAGAAGCCGCUCGCAUCGAGGAGGAAGAGCGACUCGCCAAGGAAGCAGAAGAAGCUGCUGCCAAGGAAGCCGAGGAGCAGGCGGCACGUGAGCGAGAGGAAGCUGAAGCAGCGGAGAAGAAAGCGAAGAAAAGCUCCAAGACGGAGAAGGAGUCCAAGUCCAAGUCUAAGAAGGAGAAGGAGAAAGAAAAGGAGAAGGAGAAAGAGAAGGAAAAGAAGGAGAAGAAGGAUAAGAAGGACAAGAAAAGCAAGGACAAGGAGAAGGAGAAGGAAGAGGAGCCGGAGCCGGAGUCGGCACCAGUCGAGGACAUCGACAACGAGGAUGAGCUGGCUGAUAUUGAGCUGACCGAGGACCAAAUCGAGGAGCUCCUGGCCGAUCCCGAGCCUGAGGAAGCUGCCCCUCCUCCACCACCCCCGGCGCCGGAAGUAAAGCCAUCCAACGAUGCCUUCAGUUUCUGGGGCGUUGGCACUAAGAAGUCGAAGAAAGGUCUAGAAGGUGCGAAUCUCGGUUGGAAUGACACGACUACAUCAUCCGCCACAAACAACGAUGCCCUGUCCUGGAUGCAACCGUCUACGGCUCGUAAGGGCAAAGGAAACAAGAUUACUGACAGAUUAAAAGCGUUUGAACCCAUCCCGCCGCCAGAAGACGAACCUGAGCCCGUUGUAGAGGAACCUGCUCCUGAAGAGCCAGCACCAGAAGAACCGGCCCCGGAGGACCCUCCACCCGAGGAACCGGAACCCGCACCACCAACUCCUCCCCCCGUCGUCUUGUCGAAGGAAGAGAGAAAACGACUGAAGAAGGAGAAGAAGCGCGCUGCCGAAGCUGCACCCGCGCCUCCGCCGCCACCGCCUCCUCCUGUUGUCGAGGAGCCACCGUUAGUCGACGUUGAAGAACCAGCUGACGAGAACAAGUCUUCGGAGCCGCCUGGAGCUUUCCCCGUCGAAGAGGAUGAGAACGAGAUCAUCGAAGUGAUUGAAAUGCCAGUGGAGAAGAAGAAAAAGAAGAGUAAGAAAAACAGAGAUAGGGAUAUACUCGCCGAAGAAGUCCCUCCUCCACCAGCUCCACCCCCGCCUCCGGCCGUUCCUGAGGCUCCUGAAGACCCUGUGCCUGAGGAGGAACCCGCCCCCGAGGAAGAGCCCAUCUCACCUCCACCUGAGCCGAAGUCAAGCAAGAAGGACCGGGCGAAAAUCAACCGAGAAGGUUCCUCGUGGGGUAUGUGGUCGGCUUCACCUCGCGAGAAGGAGAGAGACCGCGACCGCGAACGUGAUCGUGACCGCGACAGAGACCGGAAAUCCAAGUCAAAAUCCGAAAGGCGUGAAAAGAAACAUGCUUACGGCGACGAGGAAAAAGUCAAGACUUCCUCCAAGGGUUCAAGCUCUGGCAAGGGCGACCGCGCCGAUAGAGACGUUGAGACACCAGCCCGGCCGAAACUUAUGUCGAUGUUCAGCACACCGCCCAUUUCCCGGACGACAUCCACCCGGGACCGGCGACACAGACCGUCCCGUCGUCAUUCGGUCGACGCGAGCGGAUUGGUGUCGCCACCUCCCGAGGAAGCCCCUCCACCUCCCAUGUCCUCCAAAGCCGCCAAAGUGCUUGGAGUCGACAAGUCCAGCAGCAGGCGCCGCAAGCACGAUCAUAUUGUUGACGAAGACAUUGUCAUGGUCGGCGCCAAUGGUGACGGCGAGGACGGCAGCCCUCCCAAGUCAUCACGCCGACGAUCUAGAUACGCUAAAGACGAUGACCUUGUCAUGGUGGACCCCGAUGGCCCUUCCGAGCCACCACCGAUGAAACGAUCCAGCUCGAGUGCGAAGAAGGGCCUAGGAGGCCUGUUCAGUGGCCUCAGAACACCCAAGACAGAGCGUCCGGACCCGUUGCGGAGGCGACACACCUAUGCGACCGAUGAUGACACCAGGCGCGAACGCCGUCAACGAUCCCAUGCCGAUGCAGACGAAGCGGACCCCGCAGCGAUGACCGACAUGGACCAGGAGGCUCGCCGCGCUGCUCGCCGUGCUCGUCGCGCUGCCAGGAAUGCCGAGGCGGCCGAGGCCGAGGUCGUCGAGCCGGAUCCCGAAGAGGCACGUCGCGCCGCCAAAGAAGAGGCCCGGCGCGAGCGCCACCACGAAGAGGACGCCGAACAGCAGGAGAAGGAGCUGAGACGUGCAGAACGGCGCGCGGCUCGCUCUCGCGGACACCGCGACCAACGUGAGGAAGAGGAACGGAGAAUGGCUGAAGAUAGGGAGGCCGAGCGUGCCGAACGGCGGAGACAGCGCGAGGCGACUGCCGCAGCGGAGGCUGACGCAGAUGCUCGACGCGCAGCCCGGGAAGAACGCCGACGAGCCCCGGCGCCGCCGCCACCGCCGAUGGACGAAGAAGAAGCCCGUAGAGCCAGAAAGGAAGCCAGACGUGCUGCGCGGACCGACGCGGAAGAAAUCCGGCGAACCCGGGAGUCCGGGGACGAAGGCAUGCAUUCCUCGCGACAUCGGUACAGACGUAACGAGGAGUCCAAGCCGGCGUGGCCUCACUCCGGAACGUCAUCGUGGGUCAAGGAGCACACUGACGCCGGCCCGCCUCCGGACGAUGGCGGACAACAGACGGACGCCGUGCCCCAGACCGAAGAUGAGGCGCGCCGUGAACGGCGCGAGCGUCGUCGCAGGGCCAGGUACGAGGACGGUACUGCAGACGAGGCGGAUGAUCGCCGCCGUAGAGCCCGGCGCGAAGAGCGUGAGCGUCGGACGUACGGCGGUAGCGGGGGUGCCGGAGGCGGCGGCGGCUCCGAGGGGAGCGACGAGCGGCGUCGGCAGGCCAUGUUCUCCGAUGCGACGGCUACGCCGCGGAGUAGUUGGUGGAGAAAGCUGACUGGUUGA